AUGGAUAUCAUCAAAUAUCAUCGUCCUGCUCAAUCGCCCGAGAUUGAUCCAUCGACAUUAUCAAACUAUAAGAAUUUUACUAUCGAUCAAACUGAUUUACAUUUCGAUGUUAACUUUGAUGACAAGAAAUGUGUUGGUACAGUUAAAUAUCAUUUAAAAGCUUUAAACCAAGUUUCAAAAGUUGAAUUAGAUACUUCUUAUUUAAUCAUACAUUCCAUCAAAGUCAAUGAUGUAUCGUCUAAGGAUUUCACUUUACAUGAUAGAGCUGGACCAUUGGGUUCAAAAUUAUCGAUUAAUAUUCCAUCUGCAUCAGCACACAACAAUAUAAUAAUCACUAUUGAAUUUGAAACUACGGAAGAAUGCACAGCUUUACAAUUCUUAGAUAAAGAAGCCACCGAUGGAAAGAAAGAACCAUACUUAUUCUGUCAAUGUCAAGCUAUCCAUGCUCGUUCAUUAUUUCCUUGUUUUGAUACCCCAGCUAUAAAAUCAACUUAUAAAUUAUCCGCUAAAUCUCCACUUUUUACUUUAUUAUCCGGUAGACCAGUGAACCAAAUUGAUGAUGUUUAUUAUUAUGAUCAACCUGUUCCUAUCCCAUCAUACCUUAUAUCAAUUGCUUCGGGUGAUAUUGUCAAUGCCAAGAUAGGUCCAAGAUCAGAUGUUUAUUCUGAACCUAUUAAAAUUAAAGAUUGUCAAUGGGAAUUUGAAAAAGAUAUGGAAAAUUUCAUUCAAAUUGCUGAAAGUUUAAUCUUUGAAUAUGAAUGGUUAAGAUUUGAUUCCUUAAUUUUACCAUCAAGCUUCCCAUAUGGAGGGAUGGAAAUUCCAAAUUUAUGUCAAUUAACUCCAACUUUAAUAUGUAAAGAUCGUUCUCAAGUUAGUGUUUUGGCUCAUGAAUUAGCUCAUUCUUGGUCAGGGAAUUUAGUCACUAAUUGUUCAUGGGAACAUUUUUGGUUAAAUGAAGGUUGGACCGUUUAUAUUGAAAGAAGAAUUCUUGAAGGCAUUGCUAUUGCCGAAGCUAGAGAAUCAAAAGAAAUCACUAUGGAUCCAUUUGAAUAUGGUGAAGCCAUGAGACAAUUCAAUGCUAUUAUUGGUUGGAGUGAUUUGGAAAAUAAUCUUAAAGCCAUGGGUGAUAAGGUUGAUAUUUAUUCUACUUUAAUUCAAGAUUUAAAACAAGGCGAUGAUCCUGAUGAUACCUUUUCAAGUGUUCCAUAUGAAAAAGGGUUUAAUUUAUUAUUUCAUAUUGAACAAAAAUUAGGUGGUAAGAAAGUAUUUGAUAAAUUCAUUCCUCAUUAUUUUAAGAAAUUUAGAUAUACAUCGUUGGAUUCUUAUCAAUUCAUCGAUUGUCUUUAUGAUUUCUUUAAUGAUAAACAUGAUAUUUUAAAUUCCAUUGAUUGGGAUACUUGGUUAUAUAAACCAGGUAUGCCACCAGUUGAUCCUAAAUUCGAUACUAGUAUUGCUGAUCAAUGUUAUGAUUUAGCUGAUAAAUGGUUUUCUAAAAUCACUACUUCAAGUCAUAAUCUUAGUCAAGAAUUUUCUCAAGAAGAUAUUAAAAACUUCAAUGCCAAUCAAUCAGUGGUAUUUUUGGAAACUUUGAUUUCAUUUAAUAAACGUUCUGAUUUUAAAUGGAAAGAUUAUCAUCAAGGUUUAAAAAUAAUGCAACAAAUUUAUCAAGAAUAUGAUGAAACCUUGAAUGCUGAAGUAUUAUUCAGAUGGUAUGUGUUACAAGCUACAGCAGAAAGAGAAGAGUUUUUACCAAGAUUAGGUGAAUGGUUAGGUACAGUAGGAAGAAUGAAGUUUGUUAGACCAGGAUACGUGUUAUUAAACUCUGUCAAUCAUGAAUUGGCCAUUAAAUACUUUAAACAAAACGAAGCAUCAUACCAUCCAAUCUGUAAAGCUAUGGUUAAAAAGGAUUUAGGUCUCAACUAG